CGAGGCUACCUUCAACCCCAACACUCUUACCAUGGAGCAGCCUUCCAGCCCUGCAGAUCCUACCAACCAGCAGAUCGUCUCCGAGCAGCCUCAAUCCCAGGAACAGAUGCAGCUCCGUGGAGGUGGUCAAGGUGGUGGCAUUUGCUGCGGAAUUUGCGCCGGUCUUGCCUGCUUCGAGUGCUGCGAAAUCUGCUGCUAGUUUAU